CAAGAAAUAAAGUUGCUACAACUCUCAAUGCACCUUAACAGAUCUUAUGACUUGAUGAAACUGCUCUGACUUUUGGAUAGGGAAAGAUGGACCAUUUCUACAGACAUGAUGUUAUGGAUUUGCAGUCUAUGGAGCCAGUUUCUAAGUCUCUACAUGAAGGAAUUGUCUCGAUCUGUAACAUCUGCAAGUCCCUUAUGAAUGCACAAGUCGAUCCCACCACAGACACAUGCUCCAAUUACAAAGAAAUCAGGAGACAUAUCGAGGAUGCGGAGCAGAGCAUGAAAAAUACUGAGAAAAUGGUUCAAGACAAACUGGUACAUUUGGAUGAACGCAUGGAGCAACUUAUUAGAGAGAAGCAAAACGUUGAGCAGCAGAAGAAAGAAAAAAACAUGACCAUGGAAAAAUUGCACGAAGAGAAGAGGUCGGCUGAAGUUUCAUUAGAGUAUUCCAAAGAAGCUUUGUCACAGGCUGUCAAAAACCUAGAAUCAGCAAACUAUGCCCUAAGCGUACAACAAGACAGAGUGAAGACAGGUGAAGGACUGACAAUUGCAGGCGGGGUAUUGCUUGCAAUACCAAUUAUUGGAUGGAUUGCUGGUCCAAUAAUGAUUACCGAGGGACAGCGGGGAAUUGAAGAAGCUUCAAAUGCCUUGAGACAUGCUGAAAGCGAGAAACAAAACUGUGAGUCUCAGUUGUGGAACUGGGUUACAAAAGCUUUACAUUACGAGGGGAUAAUCUCGGAGACACAGGCCGAAAUUGAGCAGGCCAAUGAAGCACUGAAGAGGAUUGAGUGGAAGAUUGAAGAGGUUCAAGAGCAUCUGAAAGACACAGCUGAAAUUCAGCAAGUGGUCCGGAGAAGCGUCAACCUUCUGAGUGUUCUUAGUGGAAGAGUCACUGUCCUCGAGAAACAAACACAACGUUUCAUCCUCUGGCAGCCUGUUGUAAAGUCCAUGGAAGAUGUGAUGAAGGCAAUGGUAAAUAUUGCUGAGAAUCGGCUCCUCUAUAGCGAUGGUGUCCCAGGCCUUAUAAAUACUUUGAGGGAGAAUGUUAGAGGAUUACUGGCUUUAUGCAACUCGUCCAGUAAUUCAGAAAAUGACAGCUAUUACUGAUCAUUUCAAUGUAACUCACAUAGCAAAUGCUUGAAAGAAAAAAAGAAAACCACUUAAAUAACUCUGGAAUUUUUUUCUGAGUUAUCUCUAUAAUUAUAUCGUGUUCUUUCAGAAAUGAAUUUACAACAAAUUUACAAAGAUUUUAAUCACAAGGCAAAUUAGUUCAAAUCUUAUCCACUGCACAUUCAUUUCAACUACUUUCAUGAAUGGCUCCAUUUAAAUGGAUUAUAUGACACAUUGUUAACAUCUUAUUAAUUACUCAUAAUUAAUUUCAUAUAAUCAGUUUGCUGUUUGCUGUUUGCAUGUUUAUAGCUCAUAUAUAAAAAAAAAAUUAAGGUUAGUUUUUGAUGUCAGUUUCUGUUCCAAGGAUUUUGUUUUUUAGUUCCUGUAUUGUCAGUUCCCUUUGGUUAUUAGCAAAUCCACUGGAAGACAAGCCUGCAACCUUCAGCCCAAAAAGCUAAAUGGAGGAGAGGCUUCACUAUACUGUAUAAAACAUUUAAUGAAUCAACAGCCUGUUUUAUAAUAUUUAACACAUUUUAUGCUAAACAAUAUUUUAAUUGGAACUAUAUGUAGAUUUUACCUUCAUAAUUUCUUUUUUUUUUUUAUGAGAAGCCGAGUAGGGUACGUCAUGACUGUUAGGACUCAUUCAUGUCAUUACUACCAGCAAAUCUGUAACAUUACUAUUUAAUGAUGUGUAAUAUUGUGUUGUAUUAUCUAUAAAUAUAUAUUUUUUCCUUUGGUUUUCAGGUUUAACCAGAAAUUGGAUUUUAAUUGUAAUGACUGCCAUGUUUCUUAUAAUGAUAUAAUGCAUUUUAAUGAAUAACAUGAAUAAUUUAAAUUAUUGUAUUAUAUUUUAUGUUGUUUAAUGAAAAUAAUAUGAUCUUUCUAUGGUUUCCGAGUUUCAAUAAAUAAAUUUGUGACCAAUGCGUAUGGUGUAUGCCCAUUUUUUUUUUUUUUUUUUAUGAACAGAAUAAAACCUAAUCUUAAAUUGUGGCUUUAUGUGCACAUUCUAUAAUCAUCCUACUAGCAGAGAGAAAACAAUAAACAUAUAAUAUAACAUCAUAAGCCUGGCUUAAAGACACAACAUAACAGAUAGACAACGUUAUGAAUUUACCUCAAAAAGGAAUGUCUUACAUCAAUAAUUAAACUACAUACAGCAUCAACAUUCAAUAGUGUUGGUUAUUAAUGAUAGUGAGUGAAAGAGUGAAGAAUGUUAACAAAUUGAUAGCUUUCGGUCACGUGACCGGCUCGAAGACCUGGAGGGCAAAACAUCCACAGAACUGCAGAACUGUUUCACAGCCGCAAAUAUUUAGAUCACCUCUCAAAGGAAUAAAACAAAUGGUUGUGAACAAAAUGUAUGUUUUGGCCUUUUGCAAUCCAUAUUAAACAUCUGCACCAAUAUUUUAAUCAUUAAACAGUGCGAAAAACGUUGUAAAAAAAAAAAACCUUACAAGUGCCUUAAUAUAUUUAUAAGAUUACUAUAUUAAUGAUGCAUAGUUUAAACAGGCAAUGAGAUGAGACUGGAAUAUGAAUGCAAUCCGCUUAAAGGGGUCAUAUGAUGCUAUUUCAUUAUUUCAUUAUUCAUUUUUCAUUAUUUUCCCUUUCUCUUUGGAGUGUUACAAGCUCUUGGUGCAGAAGAGAUGUAAAGUUGCAAAGACUAAAGUCUCAAAUCCAAAGAUAUAUUCUUUGUAAAAGUUAAGAUUCAAACACGCCUUCCUAAAAUGGCUAGUUCUAACACACCCCCACAUGUCUAAGUCAUGAUGCCGGAAAAUUUGCAUAAUGCGCCAAACAGUGUUCAUUUUGUUAAAGAAGACAACAAUUAAAAAUAUUCGUAAAUGAACAUUUUUCUGUGACAAAGAUGUUGACUAGCUAAAACGAAAUAUAAGAAAUAUAUGCCGUGUCUUCGUUAACAAGAUGAGAGUGAACUAUAAUGUUAUUUGAUUUCUACCGGACAUGGAAAACAUAUCCUAUAGUCUACUUUCUUGUCCUUAAAAAUGUGCAUCCCUGUCAUUGGAUUGCAAUCGAAUAAGGAGCAUUUGCAUAUCUAGUCUCAGUAUGGCAGCUGUAAGAAGUAGAAGUAGCGAUCUUAAACAAUAGCCUUGGCACCCGAAAUGGUAGGGAUGAGGUGACCAGACGUCCCAGAGUCAAAAUUCGUUGUCGAUUAACUUCAAGUGGUUCACACGGGACGAUUUUAAAAUUGUCGGACGAUUUUCCAAACCUGAGAGACCCCACACACGGCGAUAAAAAAUCACGGG